GAGACCAACUCGCAGAGAGGCGGAUGAUAACAGCAUCCCUUGCUGUUAUUCAGCCAUCACACAUCUCAAUGAACUGCUCGCACAGAAGCCACUGAUCGUGCCUACUGCUUUUUGCAGGGCAGAGAUACUGAUCAGUGUCUAAAGACUGCAUCCCCCCCCUUUUUUCUUAUGAAAUUAUAUUUUUCAUAGACUCUCUUUUCUAACUUCAAGGUCUCUGUAGCCUAUCUCUUUCCACCAUGGUGCUAGGAAAGGUAAAGAGCUUCACAGUGAGCUACGACUGUCUCAAUGACAGCAAUGUUCCCGUCUUCUCCAGCGGGGACUGCGUCUCAGGGAGGGUGAUCAUCGAAGUCACCGGAGAGAUCCGCGUGAAAUCUCUCAAAAUCCACGCUAAAGGAUUUGCUAAAGUUCGUUGGACUGAGUCGAGAAAUGCUGGAUCCAACACUGCCUACACGCAAAACUACACAGAAGAAGUGGAAUAUCUAAAUCACAAAGAUAUUUUAAUUGGACAUGAGAGAGACGAUGACAACUCGGAGGAAGGACUCACCACUAUCCAUUCAGGAAGACAUGAGUAUGCAUUCAGCCUCGAGCUUCCACAGACACCUCUGGCUACCUCUUUUGAAGGGAAGCACGGCAGUGUGCGCUAUUGGGUAAAGGCAGAACUCCACAGGCCAUGGCUCCUGCCAAUGAAGACCAAGAAGGAAUUUACAGUCUUUGAGCACAUUGACAUCAACACUCCAUUAUUGCUGUCACCACAGGCCGGCACGAAAGACAAGACACUUUGCUGUUGGUUCUGCACCUCAGGUCCUAUUUCCCUAAGUGCCAAAAUCGAAAGGAAGGGAUACACCCCAGGAGAGUCGAUCCAAAUCUUUGCCGAGAUCGAGAACUGCUCUUCCCGCAUGGUGGUGCCAAAGGCAGCCAUCUAUCAGACCCAGACCUUCUAUGCCAAAGGGAAGAUGAAGGAGGUCAAGCAGCUGGUGGCCAACCUGCGGGGAGAGUCUCUGUCCUCGGGCAAAACCGAGACCUGGAGCGGCAAGAUGCUCAAGAUCCCGCCUGUCUCUCCCUCCAUCCUGGACUGCAGCAUUAUCAGAGUGGAGUACUCCCUCAUGGUUUACGUGGACAUACCUGGGGCGAUUAACCUUUCCCUGAACCUGCCCCUGGUCAUUGGAACCAUCCCUCUCCACCCCUUCGGCUCCCGUACCUCCAGCGUCAGCAGCCAGUGCAGCAUGAGCUGGUUGGGCAUGGGACUGCCUGAGAGGCCUGAAGCUCCUCCAAGCUAUGCAGAAAUUGUGACAGAAGAGCAGAGGCAGAGCAGUCUGGAUGUCCCAGCAGCCCGUGAGGAGCUGGACGGACCUCUCUUCGCCUACAUUCACGAGUUCCGCUUCCAGCCUCCUCCUCUGUACUCCGAGAUCGAUCCUAACCCCGAUCACGCCACACGCACAGAGGAGCGCAGGCUCGACGCCUGUCCAUCACGCUGAAGGGUAUUUCUGAAAUUCCCCCGACUGACUUGGGGAUCUCAAAAGAAACCCGCGUGCAAGGCUCAGCUUUGUUUAUUUUUCUCCAACAACAACGUUCACACAACGCUGUUGACAGCAAGAGAGAAAUGAAGUAUCCAACCAACAGACAAAGACUUGGACAAAUACCCACGGUUGAGUUGGGUUGGACAAACCUGUUCCUGCCUUCCCUCAGCGAGAGAAACAGGAGUCACUAGUUUGGGGCAUCGCUUCCUUCCUGUGUCAGCCUGCUGAGGAUGGGACACAUACAGACAAACACAUAUUCAGUCUGUAUGAAAAGCCCCACUGGUAGCGAGAGCCCGGGCGAUAGUAUUGACAAUGACGAUGAAGAAUCAGCAAGGCUCUGCCUGCCAAGCUCCUCUUUAACCCUUUGAUUCUUCUGAACUCGUGGCACAUAAGGACAUGACUCCUAAUACAAAGGGCAGGACUAAUCAUGUCCAGACUUCAGCAGAAUCACCUAAAGAAAACGGAAUGAAGAGAGAAAAUUAACAACGUUCUAACCACCAUAGUCUGUAUGAAUGAGAGCAUUCAGUGGCAGCAGUCAACAACAGAGCAAAGACUAGUUCCUCCUGCCUCAUUUUGGAUUUUUGUUUUGCACAUUUUAUUCUUUACUUGAGUUGUGUGGCUCUGUUUAAUGAGAAUUGAAAAAAGAAAUCACUAAUAGUUUGGUUCCAGCCUUGUAAUGCACCAGACAAAGAAUAUAUGAGACUGCAGGCUUCUUUUAAGACUUUCAUCUGCAUAACUUUUGAGCAGCGCUGAGAACAGGAUUUGAUUUUGGAAAAAAAAAGAUUGACAAGGACAAGAACAAUGCACUGAAUUUGUUUAAGAUUUUUUUCUUUUUUUCUCCUUAUGACAUUUCCUCAGUGACUUAUAAUAACCAUAGACUGGACUUUAACAAAAACUGCAGCACACUAUCUCCACCUGGAAGCUCUUUUAAGAUGUUGCCUCCUCAGCUUGGAUCCAAGUGUGGCUUCCCUCCUCUUUUAGUUUAGCUCUGUUAUUCUGUUUUUGUAUUUAGCUCCAAUCAUAGAAUAGCUUUUUAGCCUUUUUUGUGUUGAGGUUGCUCUGGAUUUGGACUAGGAGGGUUGCAGACCUGUAUUUGCCACUCAAAAAAUCGUAGCUGAAGAGAAAAGUGUGAGUCCGUGUAUGAGCGUGUGUGUGUGUGCGUGUGAAACAGAGAGGGUGGUACCCUAAUUACCUGCAGCCCCUCUACUCCUAAUCUCAGGGCAAGCCAGGCUUGCAUAACUGCCCAAAAAGCACUGUCUCAGGUGGUCGUCUCAAUUGCCAAACGGUUGGAAAGAAAAAGAGAAAAAAAAAAUGUUAUAGGUUUUUCUUUUAAAUUGCACUGUUAAAAAUAAUGAAGCGUUUUGUUUUUUUUUUUUUUUGUAACUACCAAAACAAGAGGAUAGACCUGCAGAGAAGCAAGGCAGCUUUCCGAGAUUAAUCACAUUCCCUUUUUGUCCUGCUGCACUUGCCCAGAUCAUCCAACCAACAGUUAGACUUUACCAGACCAGUGAAGCCAGAAUGCUAGCUAUAAAAAAAAAAAGAAAAAAAAAAAAAGAAAGGAAGGUAAAAGAGGCGCGACAAAGCAAACCCGGCACAAAUGUAAAGCCGGGGAUGUUGCUGAACCUCUGUUCAGACUGGUCAGAACAAGUAGUAGUAGGUUGACAUGAGUAAUACAUUGGUUUUCUAACUCAUUCAACACAAAAGACCAGCUGCAACAGAGGUUUGACAUAGAGAAGUAAAAAAGAAACAGCACUUUUUUGAUAAGAAAACAAUGAAAAAAAAGCAUUCAGUGGUGAAGGUCUGGAGAAAAAACGUGGUACCAACCAUGUUAUACUAGAGGAUUUUUCAGUAAAGCAGUGUUGUGUAGGACGUUAAUGCAUUUUUUUUAAGAUUAGUGACCUUUUUUUAAGUUUACAUUUGAAACGUAGCUGACACAAGUUUGUGCGUGUAUGUGCAUGUGUGUGUGUGUGUGUGUGUGUGUGUGUGUGUGUGUGUGCACGCUCUUAUCGAGAUCCAGCUGGCAACUAAAUACACAGCUUCUGACAGUAAUCCACAAACUGCAGAUUAUUAAAGUGAUCUUAUCUUCGUGGCCUUGACACAGAAAAGACCUGAUCAUGAUUCUUCAUCUUACAGUGUCUUUGUUAACUCGUGUUCUACUUUUUAUUAUUGUUUGUACACACCUGUAUGUUUUAGACCUUUCCAUGUUUAUUCAAAAGGACAAAAAGGGAAGAGGGGAAAAAAAGUCCUUUAGAAGCAAGUGUUGCAAAAAUGAUAUCCUGGACAGGCCUCUCGAUUGUGUUGUUUUUCUGACGCUGAUGAAGCUAUUUUUUUUUUCCAUGUAUUUCUGGGCAUUGAUAUAGUUUGCUUCCUAGUUUAACAAGCAACGUUCCUGAGUUAGCCUCCCUGACCUCUUUGGUCCCCCCUCAGGCCUAGGGGUGGCAGCUGUUGAUCAGCAUCCCCCCCACCCCUUUGAGAAACAUUUAGGGAUAGCAUACAAACCCCUUCUUCCACGGUAAACUUAUAUCUUAUCCUGAUUAUAUUUGUUUGCAGUUCUUUGUUUGGAUUUUUAUCUUAGGGAAACUGAAUCGAGCUACACGCUAACGAAUAAGCUUACAUAUUUUUUUCAGGUUGGUCAAUUCCAUAGUCCAUUUGCUUGGGCCACAGAGUAGUCCAGUGUCAAAACUAAGCUAAACUCCUGACCUAGUAAAAGGCAGGAGCUGAAAUGUUCAGAGAUAAAGAACCCAGGAGACGGGAUCUGAAACAUUUUAGAAACAAAGUGCAAUAUCACUCACUGAAUUUUUCUUCAUUCUCCAUUUGUAUGUUUGUUUUUAUCUCCUCUUUUUUGUCUGUCAAUCAUGAUGAUGUAUAGAUAUUCUAUGAAUAUACUACGUUCUGAAUGGUUUAACCUUUUGUCUAGUUCUUCCUUUUGAUUUGAAUAAACGUUUUGUUCUAAAUUACAA